AUGACGCUCUACUACAGUCUUGUCUUCGCCCUUCUCGUCUUCGAGAUGGUCGUCUUCAUGUCGCUCAUCGUCCCCAUGCCCUUCAGCUGGAAGCGCAAGCUCCUGACCUUCAUCUCCGAGAGUCCUGUCAUAGCGAAGCUGCAGUAUUGGAUCAAGGUAUCACAACCCCGCUUCUUCGUCUCAUCUCCAGCUUCCGUGCUGACCUUGUUCCCANNGAUCACCUUUGUGUUCAUCCUGAUCCUGUUCGUUGACAGUGUCAACCGCGUUUACCGCGUCCAGCUUGAGCUUGCUCAGGCCAACAAGGCCAACAACGGCGCUGGGUAA